ACAGCGGUGCCUCCGGAUUUCUACCUCAUCUGCAAGCACCGCGACAUGGUCACAGCCGAAGGAAAAUAA